AUGCCUUGGGGGUGGGAAUGCCGAGCAAAACACAUUAAACAACUACCAUCGAAGCCUACAGAACGUCGCCGAACAAGUCACUCAACUAAAUCUCCCGCACCUAAUCACUAUGAAUUACCUCAGAUAUUCUGCGGUAAAGGUUUCUCGAAAGUAAAACGUGCACCAGCCUUUACAUUUGGUCACUUAACAAAAUCUAAUCUGACCAAACCAGUCACAACACCGUACGCCCCAAUGUUCGACAUUCAAGGACUUGGGAGACAAGGUCCAUACAAAAUAACACAUAGCGUUGUUUCGCCACAAGUCGCACACGUAGAGGAUCGAGUAAAAAUACCAGGCCCGGGCAGUUACGCCCCAAAAUUUUCGAUCCAAUACAAACGACCACCUGCGUACAGCUUACGAGCACCGGCGAGACCCCAGUACGAACCCUGGGAUCAGUGGACGCCGCCACCGAAUAUGUACUGUCCUCCUAUACCUUACAAAAAAUCUCCGGCGUACUCGCUUGGUUACACCGCGAAAGACUGUAAAACGCAAAAUUUGCCCGGACCGGGAGAACACGAUCCUAAGUUCGACUACGUAAAAAGGAACAAACCCGCAUACUCAUUUGGAGCGCCGUUCAAGUCUCUCGUACCACCGAAGACUCCAACACCGAACACCUACUGCGAGAAAAAG